GGAAAAUUAUCUGUAUGAUUAUCACACGAGUGGUAGAUAUCGAUCUUUUUAACUUCUCUUGUUCUCACCCGAGUUCACAUCACCUGUUGAUCUUAUACCACCAUGGCCUCUCAGACGUACCAACUCUUUUGCAUGGGUAACCCCCUCCUCGAUGUGCAGGUCACUAACGGCGAGGAGCUGCUAAAGAAGUACGAUCUGAAGGCCAACGAUGCCAUCCUGGCGGAAGAGAAGCACAUGUCAAUCUACGAUGAGAUCGUAAAGAACUACAAGGUUACAUACGUUGCUGGUGGUGCUUCCCAAAACGCUGCCCGGGGAGCUGCAUAUGUUCUUCCCCCCAAUUCCGUGGUUUACACUGGUUGCGUGGGAGAUGAUGAUCUCGCAGAACAACUGCGUGCGGCAAACAAGCGUGAGGGUUUGCAGGAGGUUUACCUCGUCAAGCCAGGCAAAAAGACGGGUGCUUGCGCCGUCGUCCUUACUGGGCACCAUCGCUCCCUGGUCACGAACCUCAGCGCGGCCGAGAUGUUCGAACAAUCCCAUCUCUCUUCCCCCGCCGUUGCUCCUUUGGUGGCAGCUGCAAAAGUCUUCUACGUAGAAGGCUUCUUCCUGACGCACGGCACGUCCAGCGUACUCGAGCUCAGCACAAAUGCAUCCAGCGCUAACAAGGUGUUCGCAAUGAACUUCUCGGCGCCUUUCAUCCCGCAAUUCUUCGGCACCCAGCUGCAGUCUGUCCUCCCCUACUGCGAUAUCAUCAUCGGCAACGAGACUGAGGCUGAGGCAUAUGCCGCCGCAAACGGUCUGCCAGACACCAAGGACCUCGCAGCGAUCGCCAAGGCCGUCGCGAUCUCCCCCAAGUCGAACGCAUCGCGCCCGCGUGUCGUGAUCUUCACGCACGGUGCCGAGUCCACUACCAUGGUAUCCUCCGCCGCACCUGACAGUCCUAAGAUCUUCAAGGUCAACCCCAUCGAGGACAAGCUGAUCGUUGACACCAACGGUGCUGGUGACGCGUUUGCGGGCGGCUUCCUCGGCGCAUACGUCGCUGGUAAGAGCUUAGACGAGUGUGUCGAGGUCGGACACAAGAUGGGUGCUAUGUGUGUCCAGCUUGUUGGUCCGCAAUUCCCAUGGCCCAAGGUCACCGUUCUUUAAACUGUAACACUAUCAUACACACAUCCUGAAUUCCUUACAUAUAUUACGCUUUCAACAGCGACAUUUGUUGUAUCCCUACACGUACCGAUGUUCUUCAUCAUUCGCUUUCCACAAGCAUGUAGCAACUGAUGUUUUGAAUCUAUGACUUUGAUGAUGAUUA